AUGCAGCCAAACCAAUAUGACCUGCUGGGUCAGGUGCGCAAUGAGCCCAGGAGGAUGACGCGAGAGGACCAUCAGCCGCUGCGUGAGAAUCCCCUUCAGUCACGUUCCCCAUCCGGUGCUGUGCCCUCGAGAACAGACGAUUCCUGGAUCGAGGUCGCAUCCCAACCGUCCUCCUCAUCCCUUUCUUCCGCUAAUGACGACAUUAUCACCACCGGCCUGCGAGUUCAACAGCAAGGAUCCAAUUCGCAUCGAUCUCGCAGCCAGCGGCACGUUGCCGUCUCCAUGCAGAAUGGUUACUCAUCGAGAGACGCAAGCAGCAGUCAGGAUGAAUACGAGGAGAGUGAGAGCGAGUCAGACCGUGUCCUCAGUAGUUCCAACGAGGAAAUGAACCGAAAGCCCCUGUCGCUCCAACAGAAUGGACCAUCCCCGUCGACAUUGGAUGCUGCCUCGAGUGAUGACGAUGACAACUCUACGGCCUUGGGAACACGGAUUAGCACGUCCCGCUUUGUACCUCAGCCAAACGUUUUCUCCCACCCCCCUGCGUCUCGGAAUCCUUCAUGGACUAGGGCUAUGGAUACCCACCGUCCUGAGCCUAGCGAGGCGUCCAAUUCUAGUCGUCGCACGGCGAUCCGCAUGAGCUCUCAAGCAAGCAUGCGGUCUAACCGCUCAGCGCGGCAGAACCAGCAGCACAGCCCGUUCAACAUGCUAUCACCAUCUCAUCAGGCUGACCACGAUGCUGCUCUUCGCGCCAGUCUCUCCACCUUGCUCUCUUGUGCGGCAGCAGCAAGGGGCCUACCCAAGUCUGAACCCCAACAGUUGUCAACUGAUCCUAGACAGCAGCCGUCUUCCUUCCGGUUGGUGCCAGAAUCAGCAAUGGACAGCGGCGAUGAGGAAGUCCCUACAGCUGCUGUAGAGAGAAACGCUGCUGGCCCAGUCCCAAGGAAGCAUCCAAGUUCGGGGCCCUCGUAUCCCUCCGAGGCCAUUCCUGCUCCCAAGAAGCGUCGAUCGAGCUCACCCAGGGGCGCUAGAAACCAGGCAGCACCCCGGAAGAGCCGUCGAUCUCUACUCAACGAGUCUUUAUCUGUAAACAGUCCUACUGUCAUGACAUGGGUUGUGAGCGCGGGUGUUGUCGUUCUCUUCUCCGCCAUCAGUUUCUCGGCCGGAUAUAUGCUCGGUCGCGAAGUAGGACGAAUGGAGUUGGGUCCGGGUAUGGCUGGGGAUGGGAGCGGCACCACCUCUGCGACCUGUGGCCAGCAUGCAGUGAAAGGAGGUCUGAAGCGAUUUCGAUGGGGUUCAUCUGCCGCCGGAUCGGGUAUUCUUGCUUGA